AUGCUCGGAUUCAUUGCUCGCAUCAAUGCCUUCUGCUCGGGAGUCGAGCAACUUUCCCCGGGUCCAACACCUCCUAGCACAGACCCACCGUUAGAACAGAUCUCGACUCUCCCGUUUGGCAAUCUUCAAGAAACACAUGCUGCAGAGUCCGACUUGUCUUCAACCCAGAUACAUCAUUUGUUGCAAAUAUUCUGGUCCCGACUUCGUCCUCGAAUGCCCAUAGUCGAGUGGAAAGACUUAGUACCUGAUGGGCAGGCCGACGCAGCUCCCUCGCCUUUACUCGACGCGAUCACCGCACAUACCUUGCAAUAUAUCCACCAAUCUGGACUCAACAACAGACUUAUCGGUCUCAAAUGGUCCAAAUUCCAGCGACGUGAUUGCAGAAUUGGGAUGGCGUACUUUCGACGCUCUCUUUCCGCCGUCACCCAGUUGACCACGUUCGCUGUUCCCUCUAUUUCUGUCAUGAAGUGUUACUGCUAUCUCGUCUCCUAUUUAUUAGACGCUGGGGAGCAUCCGGCGGCAUAUAACAUGGUCGGUCUUGCGCUACGUAUCAGCCAGUCACUCAACUACAUGGACGCUCGAACUGGCUGGUACCGGGAAUGUCAGCUUUUUCGGCGAAUCUGGUGGACCUUGAUACAUCUGGACUUUCGAUGCUCAAGGCACAUUGGCAAACCAGUUACGACUCAUGUGGAGGAACUAUUGUGUAUGCGACCGACCAGGGAGCCGGGAGAUCUUCAAAUCUCCAAUGGCUUACUCUACCACACCGAGUCUAUCCACCUUACAGCUGCCGCUCUACUUGUGAACGAAGCUACGGAUCGCUUUGCUCCCGCGAUAAACCAAGACACUAAUGCCUCUGAUAUUGAGGUAAGGGCUCAAAACCUCUCCGACCAUAUAUUUCAUCUCCAGAAAUGGAGUGAUGGAUUGCCGAAAGAGCAGUCUUUCGCGAAUAUGCAGCUCGAUGUACCUGACGUACCCGUUGAUCGUCUCAAGGCCGGCAUUGAGCAAGAACCUGGCGAGUCCCCGGAAAUAGAAAACCUAUUGAGCACAUUGUUGAUGCUACAAUACCACAACGCCGUGAUGAGUCUUCAUCGUGUCUUCAUUCAAUUUCCUAGCUACCCACUUGUUCCAAAAUCACACCCAAAAGCCGACGCCCAUGCCGCAACAGCCCUCAACCAUGCCAUGAGGAUGAUUGAAAUUGCUCAUAAGCAGAUGAAGAUGCAUGAAAUAUUUUACGGCCAUUCUGAGUUUUAUCAGUACCAGUGGAACGCAGUCAUCACCAUCAUCGGCUUCAUGCUGGCAUACCCGUACUGCCAUCGGUGCCCACGCGCCAGAGACUUUCUCAAUCUCGCAUUGGAAAUUUUUGACUCGGUCGACAUCGAGAGUGUAAUUGCUGUUCGGGCCGCUUCUCUGACUCGACACCUGUGCAGCAAAGUCGAUACGUUGGUUCAAACCCUGAAUCUCGGCCACCCUACCCCAGAUUCAACGGCACCUCCAGAUCCGACGUCUGAAGAUCGUGCUUCUCAAACUUCCUCCUCGAACUUGAAUUUGCCGGAUUUGCCGGGCGAUGAUUCCAUGCUACAGAGAAUUGAUGGAGAAUCGCUUUGGUCUUGGGCUGAUUUGAUUAAUCUGGAUGCUUGGCCGAGCUAUUGCGAGGAGGUUAACGAGGCGUUCAUGGAUACGGCGGAUUUCUCGAUACCCAAUUGCUUUUGA